AUGAUUCACACGCAGCGCGGUGCCACCUCAGAGAGUCUGCGUGUGGACGCCCCUGGCUCCUCCCACAUAUCAAGUCACAGCGGGGAGCUGCCUAUCCUGAGCGUUUACGGACAAGGGGAGGGCUCACUGGCGGUGGACGGCCAUGACACCCUCUUUGCCGCGUCAGAACUGGAGGCCUUGAGCUCGCUGUCCGCUGACCACAGCGUGGCCAAGAGCCUGAACUGCAGCGUGAGGCUGGUCCGCCACGAGGAGCUGACUGGGCAUCAGGGCGGCCGCAAGGGCCGGCCCGGUGUUUUGUGCGGAAAGGUUAUUCCCAACAAUGCCAAUAUGAUCGUCCACAUGAGGACUCACUCCGGCGAGAAGCCCUACAGGUGUGACCAAUGCAUGAAGUGCUUCAGUCUGAAAGGCAACCUGAAUAGACACAUGAUGAAUCACUCUGGGGAGAAGCCCUACAGGUGUGACCAAUGCAUGAAGUGCUUCAGUCAAGGCGGCUACCUGAAGAUCCACCUGAGGACUCACUCUGGGGAGAAGCCCUACAGGUGUGACCAAUGCACGAAGUGUUUCAGUCGGACAAGCCAACUGAAGAUCCACAUGAGGACUCACUCUGGGGAGAAGCCCUACAAGUGUGACCAAUGCACGAAGCGGUUCAGUCAGAAAGGCACCCUGAAGAUCCACCUGAGGACUCACUCCGGCGAGAAGCCCUUCAGCUGUGACCUAUGCACGAAGUCUUUCUAUCAGAAAGACUACCUGAAUAGCCACAUGAGAACUCACUCCGGCGAGAAGCCCUACAAGUGUGACCAAUGCACGAAGGGCUUCAGUCUGAAAGUUACCCUGAAGAUCCACUUGAGGACUCAUUCUGGGGAGAAGCCCUACAAGCCCUACAAGUGUGACCAAUGCACGAUGCACUUCAGUAGUAGCUCCAAACUGAAGAUCCACAUGAGAACUCACUCCGGCGAGAAGCCGUACAGGUGCGACCAAUGCACGAAGGGCUUCAGUCAGAAAGGCAUCCUUAAGAUCCACAUGAGUACUCACUCCGAGGAGAAGCCCUACAAGUGUGACCAAUGCACGAUGUGCUUCAGUCUGAAAGGCCCCCUGAAGAUCCACAUGAGGACUCACUCCAGCGAGAAGCCCUACAGGUGCGACCAAUGCACGAAGGGCUUCACUCAGAAAGGCUCCCUUAAUAUCCACAUGAGUACUCACUCCGAGGAGAAGCCCUACAAGUGUGACCAAUGCACGAUGUGCUUCAGUCUGAAAGGCAACCUGAAUAGACACAUGAUGAAUCACUCUGGGGAGAAGCCCUACAAGUGUGACCAAUGCACGAUGUGCUUCAGUCUGAAAGGCAACCUGAAUAGACACAUGAUGAAUCACUCUGGGGAGAAGCCCUACAAGUGUGACCAAUGCACAAUGUGCUUCAGUGAUAGCUCCAAACUGAAGCGCCACAUGAGGACUCACUCCGGGGAGAAGCCCUACAGGUGUGACCAAUGCACGAUGCACUUCAGUCAGAAAGGCACCCUGAAGCGCCACCUGAGGACUCACUCCGGUUAGAAGCCCAACGCCAGCUAUAGCGACCCGAGCAAUUUGAGUGUGCACAUGCUCAAGCACACGGGCAAUGGGGUGCUUUCACACGGGGUAACGGGGCGCUUUGAUUGAGAGCUCUGUCCGGUAUUUGUCGAAAUUACUGCUUUUAGUUUUUCUUUUCAUCAGGAUUAAACACUUUCCAGCUUUUGA